GGGAUGGUUAUUGCAGUGGGGUAUGAAUUUUAUCGUCACAAACGGUGGCGGGGAGUACUUACUUGGCAGACGUUGCAAAGCUUAACCGACGUAGUGACACGCCGGGACACCCCUGACAUCGGGAGCCCAUCGGUCUACGCUCGGUAGAGGACUCGGCUGAAAAGGUGGAGGGCCCAAGGACAGAAAUUGCCAAGGAGUCGUCGGGUGACUCGAGGGAUAUUGACGAUAUCACUAACGGUGUUACGUCCACCCUGACGGGUUUAUUUUCUGGUUUACCGGCGUUGGCUGGGCCCCAGCGUCUCGCCAGUUCACUCAGACAAAAAUUUUCCAACAAUUCUGGUUGUCCCCGGCCUGGCCUGAUGCGCCCCGCACUUUGAUCACAAGCGCCACACCAUCACAUUACUCGCAAAUCGUAUGUGUUGAUUAAUUGAAAUAAAUAAAUAAAUAAAUAAAUAUUAAAGUGAUAAAAAAGUUGAAAGAAAAAAAUCUGCAAUCAUGAAUUUUAUUGGUUCAAUUAAAGUACCAGUAGUUGAUUUGGAACUACGUGAGGUAAAAGAAAUAGUAUGGGAUAAAUUACAAGAGCCAAAAUCACAACGUGCAUUGAUACUUGUUAUAGUAUCAAUAGCAUUGUUGCUUGAUAAUAUGUUGUACAUGGUUAUUGUACCAAUAAUACCAGAUUAUUUAAAAGAAAUUGGUACAUUUGGUGAUCAAGAAAUAUAUCCAGCAAAUUAUACUGGACCACGAGCACAUCAUGGACAAGAUUCAGCAACUGGUUUAUUAUUUGCAUCAAAAGCAAUUGUACAAUUAAUGGUUAAUCCAUUUUCUGGUGCACUUAUUGAUAAAAUUGGUUAUGAUAUACCAAUGAUGAUUGGUUUAUGUAUUAUGUUUUUAUCAACAAUUGUAUUUGCAUGUGGUAAUAGUUAUAGUGUAUUAUUUUUUGCUCGAAGUUUACAAGGUGUUGGUUCAGCAUUUGCUGAUACAUCUGGAUUAGCUAUGAUUGCUGAUCGUUUUACUGAAGAAGCUGAAAGAUCAAAAGCACUUGGUAUUGCAUUGGCAUUUAUUAGUUUUGGUUGUUUAGUUGCACCACCAUUUGGUGGUGCAUUAUAUCAAUUUGCUGGUAAAUCAAUGCCAUUUUUAAUAUUAGCAUUUGUUAGUUUAGCUGAUGGUUUUAUGUUGCUACUUGUUAUGAAACCAUUAAAAGAUCAAAUACGUGAUAGUAAAAAUCGUGAACAAGUUGAAACAGUACCAAUAUGGAGAUUAUUUAUGGAUCCAUAUAUUGCUGUAUGUGCUGGUGCAUUAAUGAUGUCAAAUGUUGCACUUGCAUUUUUAGAACCAACAAUAUCAUUAUGGAUGGAAGAUAAUAUUACAAAAGAUAAUUGGAAAAUGGGAAUGAUAUGGUUACCAGCAUUUUUUCCUCAUGUAUUUGGUGUUAUAAUAACAGUUAAAAUGGCUAAACAAUAUCCACAACAUCAAUGGUUAAUGGCUGCUGGUGGUUUAGCACUUGAAGGUUUAUGCUGUUUUGUCAUACCAUUUUCAACAUCAUAUAUAUUUUUAAUGAUACCAAUAUGUGGUAUUUGUUUUGGUAUUGCACUUAUUGAUACAGCAUUAUUACCAACACUUGGUUAUCUUGUUGAUGUUAGAUAUGUAUCAGUUUAUGGUAGUAUAUAUGCUAUUGCUGAUAUAUCAUACAGUCUUGCAUAUGCUAUUGGUCCAAUAAUUGCUGGUGGUGUUGUUGAAGCCAUUGGUUUUACAGCUCUUAAUAUUGGCAUUGCAAUUACAAAUUUAUUAUAUGUACCAGUUUUAUAUUAUUUACGUAAUAUUUAUGAUUUUAAACCAUUUCAAGAUGAGGCUAAUGUACUUAUGCAAGAUCCACCAGAUAAAGAAUAUCAAACAUAUGUUUUACAAGAACAACGUCCAAUGUCAAGUGAUGUUGGUAAUCAUUUAACACAAACUAAAAUGGAAACAAAUAUUGAUCAAAGUAUACAAUCAACAUAUCAAUCUUCUGGUUAUACACAACAACAAAAUAAUCAAGAAUAUCAACAACAGCAACAACAACAACAAUAUCCAACAUGGGAUGAUCCACCAAAUAAUCAUUACAAUAAUCAAUCACAACAACAACAACAACAACAGCCAAGUUCACUUAGAUAUAAUGAACCAAGUCACGAAGCAAAUCCAAAUCCAUUUAGAAGACCGACGGAAACUCAACAUCGCCCGACGGGAACAAGUAAUCCCUUCAGACAGGGAAUCAACUAAAUAAUAUUUUCAUAUUAAUUAUUUUUUCAUUAAAAAUAAAAUAUCUUUAUUCAUAUGAUGAUGAUGAUGAAAAUAAAAAAAAUAUGUGACUAGUCUUCAAGGGCAGGCUUCCAAUUAUUUGCUGAUCGCGUCUACCUCGAAGAUGAUGAAAAAAAAAAAUUAUAAAUUAAAGAAAAAAACAAAUUUAAAAAGUGCAUUAUUUUUUAUUAUUUUAUAAAUUUUUAAUUAUUUAAUUUAUUGGUAUUAUCUUGAUUUUUUUUGUUUGAGUUUUUCGUGAUGCAGUGAUGUGUGAUAUUUAUUGGUGAUUAUAACUGUAUAGUGAAAAAAUAAAAAAAAGUUGAACCUCAAAUUUGACGACGCAUCAGUUAUCAAAUUGAAAAAAAUUGGUUGGAUCAAUGGAAAUAUAUAUUUAUGAAUUAUCAUCAAGAAAAAAUAAUAAAAUCAUCCAAAAUAUCCAAGAGAAAAAAUUUAUACAUAUAUUUAGGUUAAUUUGUUUUAAUUUAAUAUAUCAUUGCUCCAUCAAUAAGUUAACGUUUACGUUGAUUUUAAAAUACAAUAUAUUUAUAUUGAUGAACCAGGAUAACAUAUCAGGAACUUGAGUAUUUGAUUAUAAUUGAUUGCAAUCAGCAUCAAAAUCUAUACUCAAGGAUCCAAAAAAAUUAAUAAAUAAAUAUCUAGCAAGUAAGUAUCUUAGAUUUAGAAAAAAUAUAUAUCAAGAGAAAGAGGAUAUUCUUAGGUGCUUGAAUAAUUAUUAAUUCCAGAGAUUACUCUGGAUGAAUGAGGUUGGGGGCGUACGUGCGAAUAUUAUAAUUAAGUUUCAAGUGUUUUCGUUAAAAAAUUACACCUCUGAAACAACAAAACAUAUCUGUAUUUUUAUGAGAUUUUUUUUAUUUUUUUUUUUUGAGGCAAGUCAAAGAUUUUCAUUUUAAACAUAAUUAAAACAAUUUAAAUUGAAAAAAAAAUUUUCAAUAUAUUAUUUAGAUAUAUUUAUCUUCCAAAAAAAAAAUUAAAAAUAAUAAUAUUAAAAUAUAUAUAGUAUAUUAAAAACACAAAUCACAUAGAUUAUUUUAUUUUGUUUUUUUUUUUUUUUUGAAAAAUUUAAUAAAUUGAGGAUUGCACAGUAUUGUGUGAAAAGUCCUCACCUACUCGUCAAUACUCGAAUGCAUUAUGUAGCAAAGAAAUAAAUGAAAAAAAAUAAAAAUAAUAAUAAUAAAAAAAUAAACAAAUAAAGCUGCAUAUAUAUUAUGAAGAUAAAUAAAUGGAAAAAUAAAUUGUAAAUGCACUGGAUGCUCGAUGAUAUUGCAGUGCCUAAAUGUGAAAAAAUAUUAAAAAAUUAUAAAAAAAAAAAAGACAUGAAAACAUAUACUGAGGAAAUAUACCUUUGUUUGAUUGAAAUAAUUAAUAAUCUCGAUGUUUGAACUCCCGUUAGUCAUUAAUAAUGAAUUUUUGAAGAAAAAAAAAAUUAGAUUAUUCAUAGUGAGAAAUUCAAGUGUGUUUUCUGCAAACGAAAUUCAAUUGAAAUUUUAUUUCCAGAUAUGAAAAAUCAUAUAUAAAUAUACAGUGGCUAUAUAUCGUUAUAAAAAAAUAAUAAUGUUAUAAAUAAAUAUUAUUAUUCAAUUAAUAAUAAAUGAAAUUAUAAAAAAUAAUAAUUUGAAUAUUUAAUUUUCUCUCUUCGUAGAAUCUCUUAAAAAUUUUAUUGUAAAUAAAUAAAUUCAGUAUGAAUAAUAAAUAUUUAAAAAAAAAAUAUUCUCUUCCACGAUAUUUGCAAUUCGCCUACUGUAAUAUAACGCGAAUGUCGUGGUAAUAAAAAAUAUAUAAAAGAAAAAAAAUAAACAAAAUCUAUAUAUCAAUUAAAAAAAAAAAAAAAAACAAAUUGAAUGAAAGAAAGUAAAAAUGAAAGUAAGGUCGAUUCGAGCUUGUCUCUUUGAUUCCAUAAUAAAAAUAAAAUAAUUAAACAAAAAUAUAUAAAUUUAUAGUUAUAAAAAAAAUAAUAAAAUAAUAAUUAUGUAGAAUAAUAAAUAUUAAAUAUUUAAACAAUGAAAAAUAAAUAAAUAAAGUAAUCAGGCUCAUAAAUGUAUUUCGCUAAAAUGAAAGUCGUCGAUGAAAGUAUAUAAACCCAAGCAUAUCACAUGAAAAAAAAAUUAUA